CCCAUCUCCGCAUUCCCUUCUCCUCACGCUUCUCAGGGGCUUGCUGGUUCCCAGUUUCGAUAUCUGGGAGGUCCUAUUUGAUGUGUUGAAGGCCUAUGGUACUUCUGUCUCUCCCUUAUACUCGCGUUGAUUCAUCUUUCUGGUUUGCUGCCUUCUGAUUUCCGUUUGCGGAGGACUAGUUUGCGGAGAACUCACAGGCAGGCCCAUCUUGCCAGGCACACUGUUAUCUUUCCCCUGGUCGGACCCGAAACACGUUACCCAGGCAGCUAUUGCCCGUUUCAUGCCCUCGAAGGAUUUAUAAUCUGUGAAAAGUCGUCCUCAUCCAGAUCGCGCUAUCACUAUUCAAAAAGGGAGACACUAUGACGCCAUCCCGUGAUAAGCAAGACCCAGCUAUCGACAAGCGGGACUUUGAUGCUCAUCGCCCGUUACUAGAUGAUGCAGAUGCUGAGGCGGAUGAGCAGCAGCGAGGACACCUACGGUCACGGGCAGGGUCAUGUUUAUCGGCCACCAACAAUGACGAUGGUCUCCUGAAUGAUGUUGUCGACGAGAUCUUAGAAAGGGAUAGAAAGAAGAUGGCCAGGGAAGUGGUGCGGGUUAGCAGUUUUGCUUGGGGAGUUAUCAGCUGUCUUGGAGCUGGUAGCAUUACCGCAUUCUCGCUAUACGGACCCCUGUUACUCACUCGCCUCCACUACACUCAACUCCGUGUCAAUGCAGUUGCGAUCGCCGCAGAAGUCUCGAUGUACCUACCUGUUCCGCUUUUUGGAUAUCUCUGCGAUCGGUACAGCCCAUCUCCGCUGGCUUUAUUCUCUGGUUUCGUGUUUGGGGCUGGCUACCUGCUGGCUGCACUGGCCUUUAAGAGUGGACCGCCUCCUGAUGCAGGUGGCGAGGGCUGGCCGUUUUGGGUGAUGAUCGUGGCUUUCAUUGCCAUUGGCGUUGCUACAAGUUGUAUGUACUUGGCUGCGGUCGCAACAUGCGCCAAGAACUUUGGCAGGGGUAAGCAUAAGGGUAUUAUGCUUGCUGUUCCUAUCGCCGGGUUUGGCCUUAGUGGCAUGUGGCAGAGCCAGGUGGGAACGUACUUCCUGUGUGACCGACUUGAGGAUGGUGCUCGUGGCGAUGUCAACGUGUACAAAUACUUCUUAUUCCUCGCGAUCCUGUUGUUCUGCAUUGGUGUGAUUGGCACCUUUGCUCUGAGGAUCGUGGAUGAGAACGAAGACAAGUACAUCGACGAGGCAGUAGAGGAGUUGGAGCGCAGUGGCCUUCUUGAAGAGAGCGAAUUCUUCCGGCCCAGGAAUGAAGUUAGGGCUGCUUAUGGAACGUUUUCGCAGGCCGACGACGGCACCGGAUCCGAUGGGGACCAAACUCUCACACUCUCAGAAGAGGAGCGAGAAGCAGCAAGACUUGAGAAGGAAAGGGAGGAGGAAGAGCGUCGGAAGAAGAACUGGCUGCUGAACUAUGAGACGAGGAUCUUCCUCCAGGACAAGUCAAUGUGGUGGCUUGCGAUUGGCUUCUUCCUGGUCACUGGACCAGGAGAGGCUUAUAUCAAUAACCUGGGCACUAUUGUCCAAUCCCUGACUCCCGUAUCAAAUAUUACAAACGCCUCGUCACCUGCAGGCCUACCAUCAACCCAUGUCAGCACCAUCGCGCUGACCUCCACCAUUGCCCGACUUCUCACCGGCUCGCUCUCCGAUCUUUUCGCCCCGCCAGCAACCCAUCUCUUCCCCGGUCCUUUAGAAAGUAGUCGCCCUGCCUCCAUCGCAUCGGCGACCAACCGCACCACCUUCACCCGCCUUGCAUUCCUCCUCCCCUCCGCCUUCCUUCUCUCCAUCGGCUACCUCCUUCUCUCCUCCCCCAUCCCCCUUCAAUACCCCGGCUUUACCCACCUCACCACGGCCCUGAUCGGUCUCGGCUACGGCAGCGCCUUCUCACUCGUUCCCAUUAUCAUCUCUGUCGUCUGGGGCGUCGAGAACUUCGCCACCAACUGGGGUAUCGUUGCAAUGGUUCCAGCCGCUGGAGCAGCCGUCUGGGGAUUAGUGUAUUCGCAAGGAUACCAGGACGCCAUGGACGACGGAAACGGCACGAAUGACGGCCAAUGUCAUGGCUGGAGGUGCUUUGGGUUCUGGGCCGUGGGAUGUACGGUAAGCGUCUGGAUAGCCAUUGGGGCUUGGUUGAUUGCGUGGAGGUAUUGGAGACGGCGAGGCGUUGUUGUUUGAUUCUUAUAGAAACUGUCUUUCCCUCGAAUAACCACGGUUUUGGGUAUAUUUGAAGCUAUGUUGGUGUUUCGCGUUAUAUUAGCCGCUCGCUGCAUUUUCUUUCUCCUUUCUUUUUUUUACGUGCCUCAUUUGGAGCGGAGCAACUUACCCCCUAGAGGGUAGUAUUGGUUUUCACAUCCGCUUAUUGAUGGUCCAUGCUGCUUAUUGCUAUUUUAGCGGGACGGGGUCUCGGGUAAUUCGUUAAACCACACCAUACCAUAUUUACACGCGUUUAUCGGGGUUACUAGAAUGUCGUUUCAUCAUCUAUCUAUCUAUACUAUAAAUGCAUUGCAGAGCAUGCAUGGCUUUGAG